AUGGAUUUUGCUUCGGAAUAUUCCAAUGAACAAGACCUUGAAGCUCAAGUAAGAGCAAAUGAACCAGAGUUGAGGGCAAGAAGAUUUACUGAGAAAGGUUUAGCGUAUCAAAUCGAACUUAGAUCGCAAAAAUGCAAGGCAGUGCAGAAGAGAAUCGAAAAAUAUAUGCAUAUAACAUCGAGUCAUUAAUGUCAAACUAUGACAAUAUUUACAUCGUUGAAAAUUACUUUCAAGCGUUGAAACACACAAUUCUGGUCGAUCGGAAGACAUCGUUUAAUGACUGGAUAGGUUUGCUCGAUAGGGAAGAAGAAAAAUCGGAUGUAUUCAUAUGGUAUAAUGAUCUUACUUCACGGUAUACGAACGUUGAAGUCAAAGUUAAUGUGUGGAUCAUUCAAGCGAAACAAGGGAUCGAAGAGCAACCGUCGAGCGAAGGUCAAAUAUUUCGCGUGGUUCUCGUAAGUCAUCUACAGUGCGUCAAACAGUUCUGUUCGUUCUGCAUUGGCUAAAGAAAGAGCAAGGACAGCGGAACUUAUAGCGAGGGCGUCGAUGCUGGAUAAAAGACAAACGUUAAAGAACGAAAUGGAAAAGAUGGAACUCGAGCAAGACUUGGCAGUGGCCCAAGCCAGAGAAAAGGUGUAUGCCGACGUAGAUGAUGAAAAAGCGUCGACGACAGAGAUUUUGGAAUUGAACUUGAGUCUUGACGGAAAGACCAUACCUACUACGGUAAAUAAAGAAGCAGGUAUGGACAACUCAAAGCCAAGUGCAGUAUCUGUGAUCAACUCUGGAGUACGCCGACCCGAAUCAAACCCAACUACGACAUACAAAAUUGAACACGGCCCAAAUCGCGAAUUAUCGGGAAAUUCUAGUCCGCAGAACGUGAUACCUAAUCCAAUCGUAACGUCCAUGCAGGUCGAGUCCAAACCCCUAGAAAACGUUGGAAUGGUCGAAAUACGAAAUCGGGACGUGCUUUUGAAACAAAAUGAGUUAAUGACGGUGUUAACAAGACAACAUCAGGAAAGUUUGCUCCCAAAUCUGACGUUGACGAAAUUUUCUGGAGAUCCAAUUUAA